AUGAUGCAGCAUCUGCUUGCUGAGGGCACAUCGAGGGAGACGGAUUUGAAUGCUGCUCACGAAACAUCUACAGCAGCUCCGCACGCCCCUGCAGCUCCGCCAGUUGUCGUGGUCUCCUUCCAGGGUGCCAGUGAAUCCCAAAACCCUCGGGACAGCACAUACCCUUCACAACCAUUUGGGUUUAGAUAUGGGCAGCAACAGGAACAGCAGGACGAGAAGCAGAUUCAUCACCGGGAUCAGCGCCGCAAGGACCAACUGCCAUCACAAACUUCGAGUCCACUGGUCCUAAAAGGGCGGGUUCGGUACUCUUUUGCCACACGCACCGUCGACGGCUACCAGACGCAGAGCCUGCGCAGCGGACCGGCGCAUCCCGAUAGCGAGCAUAGCACUUCUACCCGCAGCAGCAACUUCAGCAGUUGCAGUGGCGGGGUCAGCGCAAGCAACAACAGCACAGGUAGCAGCGCCACAGCAACCUCCCGUUCUCUGGGGGCAGCUUCGGCUCCCUUUCCAAACAGCUUCGGAGAAGACGUUUCGCGGAAGUUUAAUGAAGUAGAGGCAGCCAGCAGCAGUAACAGUGGCAGUAGCGGCGCUCGCUGCAGCGGGAGCAGCAGUGCUGGUGGCGGGAGCAGCAUUGGAAGUAACGAUAGCACCAUCAACGGUGGCAUCAAAAGCAGCCGGGACAAUAACCCCACUCCCAGUGAUGGCCACUACGUGAUUCCCCUGCCCUCACCGGGCUCAGCAGCGGCAAGCCACUCCUGGGCGGCCUCAAAGAAGCCCAACGAAGGUGACUGCAGAAGCAUCAGUUCCCGCGGCACCGAUAUCAGCAGUAGUGCCAGCAAUGGGAAGAGCGGCAACAACGGGAGCAACGUGGACAACUGCAGCAACGAGAGGGGUGAUGCUGAGAGGAAGCAACGCAUUCCACUACUCUCUGCUUCUGACAUAUCACUGCUGCUACGCGACUAUGCCGGUUUCGUCCAGCGGACAGAGCGGCAGCUGCAGCAGCUGCAGAAGCUUGUGCAGCAGCAGCAAUCGAGAAAUUUCGAGGGCGAUAGCCCAGAGCAGCAACAGCAAUACCUGGGGUCUACGUGGGUCGGCUCGUGCGGGCAGCCUUUGACAAACAAGAGUACCUCCGUGCGGCAGCAGCAUCAUUGGCAACAGCAACAACACCAACAACAUCUGGAGGAGGCAAAGCUUUUGCGGCGGUUAAUUGCAGAGGGCGCUGUUGUUUGCCACUCCCUACACUCUCGUCUACACUCUCUGCUUGUUGACUCACCUUCAAGUGAUGUUGCUGCUGCAGGCAGCGAGCUGUUGCUGGGCAAAUUGCGGCGUGACUUUGUGCAGCAGCAGCAACAGUACUCACGGCUAGUACGGCUGUUGAGUUCUGCGGCUGAUCUGCUUUGUGAGCCUCCCGAACCGUCUCACCAACACGAUGUAGCAGCAACAGCGAGCAGCGCCAGCAACACAACCAGCAGCAACUUUGGAAGUAAUCUUUCAGGACCAGCUCCUGCCGGCGGCCCUGCUCGCAUUAUUUGGCACAGGGGCCAUCAGGGCUCUCCGUGCAGCUUGCCAGUGGAUUGUCUUCACUUUGAGGAUCCUCAGAGACGGCGGGAGACCCAAAGCAUCAUCUGGGGCUCCGAAAGCGACCAUUUUGGUACUUCUUCAGUAAGAACUGGCAACAGCUCUCUACAGCCCGCAGGAGGAGGCGUGUGGCCUCAGGACUCUACUGGAGCCCUCCCUCCCUUGUUCAUUGGCCCCAGCGACACGCGAACAAGUGCUGCAGAUGGCUCCCUUCAGGACGGUUUGUGGGAACCGGCAGCUUUGAUUGAAGUGCACGAGGACUACGAGAAGCAACAAAUCAUCACUGAGAGGAAGCAACAGCUGCAUCAGCUGCAGCAGGUAGAACACUGCGUCACUGUACUGCGAGAGUUGCAGCUGCAUGUCGCAGCAGACGUAGAGAGAGGUAAUCAGCGGCUGCAUGCUGUAGAAGAAGAAACGGAAGCUGCAGCAGACCACACUGCAUCAGGAGUGGGAGAGCUAGCUACUGCAGCACGCAGCAAAACACGUUGGUGGGGGGUCCAAGGAGGCAGUGCCGCUGCUCUUCUUGGCGUGAGCGUCGGCGCAGUAGCCGGUGGUCCCAUUGGAGCGGCUGUGGGGGCAAUCGUGGGUGCUGUUGCCGGAUUAUCUUCGGGCGCGGCGUUGAGGGCAAGACACCGAGAAAGGAUAAAUGGAGCUGAAAGAUCUGUCAGGCGGAGGAGGGCUCAGCGUCUGAAACGCUCUUCACUCACUCCAUCGACGGGGGGCAUCAACACAAGUCAGAGUACUGCCAGCGGGGCCGCUAAUUUAGGGUCUCGCAGCCAGACAUCAGGGGCGUCUACGCAGCUAGGUGUAAUUAACAGCAGGCCCCCUUUGUGGGACUUCGGGGGGCUUCUUGCCCACAGUAGCAGCGGCGCGAGACCCUGCGGUGAACCUGCCAGCAUGGCGGGGCGGCACGCAAGCUCGCGGUCAGCCGAAUCAUGCGGAGUUGCGUCAGGGCCUAGCGCCGGGUCCUGGGUGAGCGAACCUGUAAGCCAAGAAGGCGGUGGACCUGAGGCGGAGGGACCACUGCAGACAGGCCAACGGAGACUUGCUGCAGGAAGGCGCAGACAGAGACACCAGCGUCCUAAUCGUCGCCUUUCUACCGUGCAAACGACAGUUGGCGCAACUGGCAGGUUGCCUGUCUUUCAGUUCUUCCCUUGA